AGCGGCAGUAGCAGCAGCAGCAGCAGCAGCAUCGUCCACCUCCACCCUCUCUAGGCAGCAGCAGCAGCAGCAUCAUCCGGCGGUGAGACACGGAGGAGACGCAUCCGAGUGAUGCCACUGCACCAACCGCAUCUCGCCACCGCGAAAACACGCCGAGAAUAAAGCGCUUCUUUCCUGCGAGGAGGGAGAAACACAUUCGCCUGGAGAGAUCCACUGCCCAUGAAGAUGUCUAACGCUGACAUGGUCUUGAACUCCACCGAUCGGGUAGUGAAAUCCGUUCCUUUCCCCCUGAGUCACCGCCUCACCAUGAAGGAGGUGUUUGACUGCGAGGGGAAACCAAGGGUGGAUCUACUGAAAGCCCACCUCACUAAAGAGGGCAGAGUGGAGGAGACCGUGGCCCUACGAAUCGUAAACGAAGGGGCCUCUAUCUUACGCCAGGAGAAGACCAUGCUGGACAUAGAGGCACCUGUCACAGUGUGCGGCGACAUCCAUGGGCAGUUUUUCGACCUGAUGAAACUGUUUGAGGUGGGAGGCUCUCCAGCCACGACACGAUACCUCUUCCUGGGCGACUAUGUGGACCGGGGUUACUUCAGUAUCGAGUGUGUUCUGUACCUCUGGUCACUGAAAAUCCUCUACCCAAAGACGCUAUUUUUACUGAGAGGAAACCAUGAAUGUAGACAUUUGACAGAAUAUUUCACCUUCAAACAAGAAUGUAAAAUCAAGUAUUCAGAGCAGGUUUACGAUGCCUGUAUGGGAGCGUUUGACUGUCUGCCCUUGGCAGCUCUCAUGAACCAGCAGUUCCUGUGUGUCCACGGUGGCCUGUCCCCAGAAAUACAGACCUUAGACGACAUAAAGAAGUUGGACCGGUUUAAGGAACCCCCAGCAUUCGGGCCUAUGUGUGAUUUGCUUUGGUCCGAUCCCUUGGAGGACUUCGGCAAUGAAAAGAGCCAAGAGUACUUUAGCCACAACACAGUCAGAGGAUGCUCAUACUUCUACAGUUAUCCAGCUGUCUGUGACUUCCUACAGAAUAAUAACUUGUUAUCAAUCAUUCGAGCACACGAAGCACAAGAUGCAGGGUACCGGAUGUACAGGAAGAGCCAGACCACUGGCUUCCCUUCCCUAAUUACCAUCUUCUCUGCACCAAACUACCUUGAUGUUUACAACAAUAAAGCUGCCGUCCUGAAGUAUGAGAACAAUGUAAUGAACAUCCGACAGUUUAACUGCUCUCCUCAUCCUUACUGGCUGCCAAAUUUCAUGGAUGUCUUCACCUGGUCGCUGCCAUUUGUGGGGGAAAAAGUGACGGAGAUGCUGGUAAAUGUGUUAAGCAUCUGUUCUGAUGAUGAGUUGAUGAAUGAUGGAGACGAGAUCUUUGACGCCAAUGCAGCAGCUGCUCGGAAAGAGGUGAUUAGGAACAAGAUCCGUGCCAUUGGGAAGAUGGCCAAGAUGUUCUCUGUGCUCAGAGAGGAGAGUGAGAAUGUGUUGACCCUGAAGGGUCUGACCCCUACCGGGAUGCUCCCCAGCGGGGUGCUUUCUGGAGGCAAGCAGACUCUACAGAGUGCAACCAUCGAAGCCAUUGAAGCCAUCGAGACGGAAGAAGACGGAGAAGCCAUCCGUGGCUUCUCUCCACAGCACAAGAUCAGCAGCUUUGAAGAGGCUAAAGGUCUGGACCGCAUCAAUGAGCGCAUGCCGCCCCGCAAGGAUGGAGUCAACCACGUGGGCCACUCCAUGGGCAAGAUGAACAUGUCCGAGACCAACGGCACUGACGACAACAGUAACGUCCAGUGAUGAAACGGCUGCCCACUCACCUGCACCUGAGUCCAUGCCACCGCCACGACGCAUGGCAGGACAACGCCAAACCCGUGAUUUAAGGCCUCCUGCUUCCAACAAACACCUAAUGACAUCACCUACACAUCCCUCCCUGCUCCAAUGUCCAAUUAGAGAACCAAAAUAUCUUUAACGUUUCACUGAAAAGAGGCAGACUGUUUUCUUGCUGUCAGUUUGCCGCUUGCAAUUUCCGAAAGCGGAUACCUUGCCGACGGCAAGUUUCUGCCUUUUUUGGGAGUGUCGAAUGGGAAGGAGGGGUGGGGGGUGAUCUGCCUGUGAAGGGCUGAAAGUGUCUUUAUCAGAGAGAGGGCGGUCUAAGUUCCUUUCCGGCUCCGCCCACAUGCCAAGUGGGCGGGGAUUAGGAACUCUCUCUUAAGCCUGAUCCAUCCAGUUCAUCGGUGCGGGUGACGAGCCCGUACCGGAUCCAUGCACACUUUUUUCCUCUUUUGAUUGCGAGUUUUUCUUCAUGAUCCCAUCUCAUAAUGAAAUGAUCUCACUGUUGACGAUGUUUUGCUACUAGUAUUAAUAAAUAUACAAAUUUGAAAUGACAAAAAACGAAAAAUGUUUGUAAGAAAGGACAUUUAACGACAAAUCCUGUACAUUUUAUUACUUACGAUGCAAUCUUACCUGGGGGUUUUUAUUUCUCGAUUUGGUUUUCGGUAAGAUGCCACGAAGCAGUUGAGGAGAAGAGCGGUGAUGCUUGUCUGCCGUAGACUCUCGAUCAAAGCAACCGUUCGGACGGAGGAAAACCGCAGUUGGAGCUCGACUUUGGCGCCACCUUCCUGAUUGUUUCUCACUUGCCUGUAUCUCAAGAGAGAGAAUGCACAUAGUACAUUUCGCAAGUCAAAUAAAUAUUAUAUAUAUAUAAAUAUAUAUAUAAAUAUAUUUAAAUAUACGGUUAUUAACAAUGGUCGAGGACAAUGAUUUUUAACAGCAUCUAUGGUACUGAACGCAUCAGUGCAUGCAAUUAAGUUCCUUAUUGAUAUGUGAAAUUAUAAUUGUGAUGUGUUUCAAUAUAGUAGACUUGAAUUAUUUCCCUUCAAAUUAUAUUUGUAAAGGUCUAGUUUGUUUUUAUAUCUCUAUAAAUAUAUAUGAUUUUGUAAUCUUUUGUUUAAUUUCUUUUCUUUUUCAUCGAUAUCAUUUUAUUAUGUUUUUUUUUUGUUUUGUUUUUUUUGUAUAGUUUCGCUGUACAGCCACUGACGCUCUUUCCGAGGUGUUUUUUCGUCAUCUUUCGUUCUUUCUUUCCGUUUCGUUCUCUCUGUUCAGUUGGUGUACAGAAGUUGUUCAGUAGUGUGAAUGAACAUAUUACUCAGUGAAAAGCAACAUUCAGGCUGCCAAAGCAUGAUCGCAUGGUUUAUUCAAAUGUAAACUAAUUGGACACGAGGAAAAUUCAGUGUCUCACUUUGAAGAGGAAACUAUAUUAUCAUUAUGAUUCUUGAUGAUUCUUAUUAUUCUUACAAUUAAGCUUACGGUUAUUUCAUUUCCACUGUUUUCUGAUCCUUGUUUGGUCCAGACGUGGUUUAUUUCAAAGGAGGAAUUUUAUGGAUUUGUGACUAUUUUUCUUGUAAUUUUCUCUGGAACUAAGUUUUCGCAUUUGACUUCCUAAAUGAAAACACAUAUUGUAAGCAUGCCCUAUGGGACAAAUCACUUUUUUUACUCUUGAAUAAAAUAUGCAUGAACUAA